AUGUCCACUUCUCAAUUAAGUCGGGUACUAACGCAAUGGUCUAUCGGCAUGGCUGUGUCAACGCCUUUGGUCGCGAUCCUUCAGGGCUCGUUGCUGCUGUCUAACUACAGGAUAAACUACAGAGAUGCACCCAGGCCAAUAACGCCCUCAAGUGGCGUAAUUGUUGCGUUGGCCCAACAAGGUGCGCAGGCCAGAAAUAGAAGGGGCGUCCCGUUGACAAAAGCAGACAAACCACUUAGACUGCUCGUCGUUGGGGACUCCCUUGCAGCUGGUGUUGGUGUGUCAGGAAACGGACUUCCAAUUUUGCCUGAAUCAAUUGCAAAGGCACUUUCAAAAGCCUUUCGUGGCCGCGUUGUCUGCUGGACAUGCUUAGGGACGCCUGGGAUUUCUGCUUCGCAGAUUGUGCAAGACAUUAAUUCUAUCCCAAAGCGUGAGCCUCGACGUCUUGAAAACUUAUUUCAAGAGUUGAAAACCAAACGUGAUAGGUGGAGACAACUUCAGAAUAUGGAGAUGGAACGCCUUGAUUAUGAAGAAAGUACCAAGAAGCAGCAAAGCGUAUUGCUCAAAAUUAUUGAUUGGUGGAAAGCAGAGGAGAAGCAACCAAUCAGUGAAUUCGGCAAAGAAAUAGCUGAAUCUGGGGCCAAAUGGUGGAAAACAAAGUCUCGUCGGAUUCAACAGACUUACAGUGAUAUUAAAGAGGUAAUUCAUGCGAAGCCUCCUGGUGACAUAGAGAAAAAUCUAACAGCUGCUAAAAACAGCGAAGGACUUCUCUUGAGAGAAGGAAACAUUUUUCGCAGGGAUUCCUUGGAUCCCUUUGUGGCAUCUUCAUUUGAUGUCGCUGUCGUGUUGCUAGGCUUAAACGAUCUGAAGGAAGCCUUCAUGCCUCAUAUAACGAAGGGAGCGAAUUCUUCUUUCAAUGAGGGCGCGGAGCCAAUGGAUGGUGCUUUGACCAAACAGUUACGAUCAGUUUUCUUUUCUCUAGAAAAAAUAAUGGGCAAAAUGGACAACACGCAAGAUCACAAUGAUGCUACCUUGUCGACCGAAGGAAGAGAGAAGGUGAACAGCUCUAAAGACCGAUUACAUCCUCCGUUGGUGGUAGUUCCGGAGCUUCCUGUUGCCCCCUUGGAGGCCUUCCGACUUGUCCCGUUAUGCUGGAUUCUUUUGCCUCUGUUUCGUGCAAUGGAAAGAAACAAGAAAUUCUUGAGUUCCACAUUUCCUGACCAUGUGGUUUUUAUCGAUCAGCCUGGCCUUGAGUGGUGGUCUGAUGCAGAACGACGCCACAAUAGCUACAUGGAGGAAGACGAGUCCGUCCUCAGACUAACAGAUACUGCUCAAACAGCCCAGGCCCGAGUAAAACAGCUGAUGCAAAGGUUUUAUAACCCAAACCAUCAUACUGUGCGCAGCAACGAACAGCGUGAGACGGGGGGUGGAAAUGGCCGAUCUUCUCUGACCAACAACUUUUCCGAAGAAUCAUACCGGUACAGACGAAAGUCAAAUGGAACACUCUACAUUGCACAGGACAAGAUGCAUCCCAAUGAUGAGGGAUAUGACCUCUGGGGUAGACACAUCGCGGAAGCGGUGGUUCGCCACUGGAGUAGACCACAGGUUUGA